AGACUCGUCGAAGCUCUCGUUAAGUGCGGCAUGGCCGCAACGUUUUUCUGUACACGACCGGUGAAUAAAGUCGGUUCUGCCAUUGUACUCCUGGUGCGCAGUUAAUAGGGUCUUCGACGAUUUUUCGUUUUUCAUUUUAAAUUAAAGUUUUGAUAGUAAAAACAACUAUUACAAUAACAAAAGUAAUUAAAAAUCGUUAAAUAAUUUUUUUAAUAAGUUUGAAAAUUGCGAUUGAUUUAAACGCCCAAUUUUUCGCGCGCCUUGAUGGCGUCGUCGAUGUGACGUCAUUAUUCAGUAAACAGGUUAGAUCGAGUAGACAGUUUGUAUUGAAAGCAUCAAAAAUGACUGAAAAUGCAGGUUACGUACAAGAUCCAGUAAAAAAACGCAAUUACAAGUGGUGCUUUGUUCCCUUAUGUAAGAGUACAACCAUUUCUACUCCUUUAAAAAUUUUUGUAUCGGUGCCAAAAGGAGAUAUUAGGAAGAAAUGGUUCGAAAUAGCAAGACGGAAUGAUGCUUCAUCGAUAUCGCUUAGCACCAGCUUGUUUUGCUGUCAAGAUCAUUUCCAUGUAAGUUAAACUUUGUGAAUAGAUAUAUUUAACAAAACGUAAUAGUAACAUUCCAUUAUAGUUGCAAGAAGAUAUAGAAAAUUAUACGAGAGUACGACUCGAUCCAAAUGCAUCUGUACGACUGAAGAAAGGUGCACUACCUCGGAUAUUUCACUGUCAACCUGAUAGACAACGUGCUCAUGUGAAACCGAUGCGUCCAGUAGCUCUGAAGCGCCAGAAAAUAGAAACUUUAAACGAAAUCCUACAAACUGAAACAGUAAUCGAUAGUAGCAUGGAAUGUGAAUCCACAGAACCUAUUACAACCGAGUUAUUGCAUAUUGACACCAACAUUGAUGAUUUUUCAACUACUCAACAUCAGGUGGCUGCUGUUGAAAUUGAUUGGAGCAAUGAUGCAACACCAAAAUGCAAGGAUGUUGGUAUUCAAGUGAAAAUGCGUGACCAUAAGACAAUGCGUAGCAAGUAUGUACAAAACGUGCCAGUGAUGCAAGAUGCUUCAUGUUCGACGAACGAAAAAACUCGUAAUAUAAGUCAGCAAAAAACUGAGAAUGUAAUUACAUCAUCUGAGUCAACAUCGGCCAACACGAAUGUGACAAGUACUUUCAAUGAUACACAGGAUGAUUGCGAUGAUGAAUAUCUACCAUCUGAGGAAACAAGCGAAGAGGUAGUGAAGCAGAAUAUAUUGGAGCAGAGGAGGUUAGCGAGGAAUAUAAAAAUGACGACCAUUCAAAAUAAACCGAAAAUGUACUUGGGUAUUCCGGACAAUGCCUUCUUUUUUAUACAGCUUUUAAGCAAAGAAACGGGAAUUAGUAUAGAGGAAAUUUGCUUAACCGUCACUAAAAUUAAAUUAAACGAUACAUUCGCAAGAAUUGGAGAUGAUUUUGGAAUCAGUGCUAGUAACGCGAGUGCUGUUUUUAGAAGAACUCUCCCUAUUGUAGCACAUUAUUUAAAACAAUUAAUUGUUUGGCCUUCGGAACAAUCCAUCAAAUCGAAUCUGCCUUUGCCAUUUCGUGCUCGGUACAGUCAUGUACAAUCUAUAAUAGAUUGUUUAGAAAUGGAAAUUCAGAAGCCUAGCAGUGCGAUUAAUCAAAGUGUUACGUGGUCUGAAUACAAAAAAUGUAACACAAUAAAAUACUUAAUAUCAAUGUCACUGGAUGGAACUAUUAAUUUUAUAUCAGAAGGUUUUUGUGGGAGGACAUCCGAUGCUGCGAUCGUAGAACUCAGCCAGUAUUUAAAUCAGCUACCAGAAAACUGUGCAGUCAUGGCUGAUCGAGGUUUCAAAAACAUUGAACAUCUAUUACAAAAAAAAGGAUGUAUUUUAAUUCGACCGCCUAGUGUUUCGAGUAAUUCAAAACCGACGAAGGAGGAAGUGAUAGAGACUCGGCGUAUCGCUAGCUUAAGAAUUCAUGUAGAAAGAGUUAUUAGAAGAAUAAGAGAAUUUAACAUUUUAAAAUCUCAUUCUACCAUUCAUCAUGAUACAAUAAACACCGUAGAUGAUAUGAUUAUUGUGACUGCAGGUUUAAUUAAUAUUCAGUUACCACUUAUAGCACAAUAAAUAU